AUGUUCGCUACAAAAACCAAAUAUUGGGAUCAACGCAAAGCUCCCGAAUCUCCACGAAGACAGGAAUUUGAGCUCAUUCAGACGCAACUCGUGGCGCGCCAUGGAAUUCGGUACCCAACUUUGGGCAAUAUAAAGAAAAUCAAUGGCCUUUUAAAGCGACUAAAGCCUUACGAAGAUUCGCUGCCGCAUUGGAUGAAGAACUACACUCUGCCGUACAAUAAAAGUGUGGCGGGAGAGCUUGCGGAUGCAGGAAAGCAGGAGCUGUGGAAACUUGGUGCUCGCAACCUGGCGAGAAGUAACCACGAAAACCCUGAUCUUCUGCUGCGGUUUUUCGACCAAUGUGCACGCUACCAACGAGAUGUCAAGAAGAAUCAGACAGCACAACAACAACUGCAUGAAUAUCAAAACUCAAAUGACAUGACGAAGAUUGCGCUUUGGCUAAAACAUUCGCUUGGGUUGAAGAGGGAAGGCAUCGAAUUCUCACCGAAGGACCUGAUGGCCGUGCAAUCUGCUUGCGCUUUUGAUAUCGCACUUUACCACCUCAAACAUCAUUGGUGCUCGUUGAUGUCGAUGACUUUCAUCCAUUCGUUGGACUAUCUGGACGACCUUGAGCAGUUCUAUUGGAUUGGAGGUGGAUACAAUCUUAACUACGAAAUGGCUGCAGUACUCCUGCGCGAACUUUUCGAUUCAAUGAAAGGAAAAGUGAACGGCAGUAGCUCAUUGGUGGGCAAUUUCUUCUUCGCACACGCUGAGACGACGCUCCCUUUGAUGACGUUGUUGGGGUAUGGGGAUCGCUCGCCUCUACUGGCAAACUUCACACAAGCCGAGAUCAAAUCACGGGGUUUCAGAUCAUCAAAACUCUCCCCGUUUGCAGCCAAUAUCGAGUUUCGCUUGUUUAAAAGUAAAACAAAUGACGAAGAUGUGUACGUCCAAAUUCUUGUAAACGAAAAAGAAUCCGAGAUUCCUGACUGUGGACGCGUGUUCUGCAAGUUGUCGGAGCUGGAAAAGCAGUGGGACUACUACUUGAACACGUACGACUUUACGAAAAACUGUGCGUAA